AUGGCGUCGCACCCCGAGGCGAAGGCUUACAAGGCCAAGACCUUGAAGCCCAGAAAAGACAAGGCAGCCAUGCUCGAGAAGCGCAAGGCGAAGCGUGCAGCGAAAGCAGAGAAGCGCGCUGAAAAAGCUACGAAAGCCAAAGUUAAUGCCGAGGCUAAGAAGGUCGUUGGCGGUAACCCUCGAAAGGAGAAGUAUAGUGCAAAGAAGAAGGUUGUGAGUGAUGAAAAGAGAAAGGCAAAGCUCAAGACCCGUGUCGAAAAGCUGCAGAAGAAGGCAGACGCCUUGUUCAAGGAGGCAAAGAAGGCUGCUGCUCAGUACCAGGCUUUGCUGGAUGCCGAGAAGAACGCGACUGAGUCCAGGUCUGAACAGGAUAGCGACAACGAUGACGACGACUCUUCUUCCGAAUCAGGUACUUCUUCGUCUGACGCCUCGGAGGCUUCUGACGCCUCUGAGAACAAGGGUGGUGUUCUUGUGAACCAGGAGCCCACCGAAGUUCCUGAAGAUAUCCCUGCCGACGAGAUCGUUAUGAAGCACCGUCGAUUGAGUAACGCUGGUUCCGAACGAAGCCGCAUCUCCGUCGCUGAUGUUCCUUCGGAAGUAGAGGAGCCAAAAAACUUCAAGAAGAACAAGAAGGAAAAGAAAGUGAGGGUUGUCGAGCCUGAGGAAGUCAAGGAGGAGGCCAAUAAGUCUAAGCCCGAGCAUGACGAGCCCGAGAUCUCUGAUAAGAAGGCUAAGAAGGCCGAAAAGAAGCGCAAGCGAGAGGCCGAGGCAAAAGCCAAGGCAGAGAAGGGCUCUGAAGAAUCCGCUGCUCAGACUGAGCAGUGGCAGGUCGAUGGUCUCGAAGGCGGUUCUGCUCGACAGGCCAAGUUCCUGCGACUCUUGGGAGGUAAGAAGGCGGGUGCUGCCGCCCCUGCGGCUCACAGUUCUGCCACCAAGGGCACAUCUGAUUCUACCAAGGCCGAAGCCGAUAUUCAAAAGCAAUUCGAGGCUGGCAUGAAGAUGAAGAAUGAGGCUGGAAGUAAGCGCCGUGGUCUUGGCGCCUAA